GGCCGGAGAUGGUGGCGGCGGCGGCGGCGGCGGCUCUUCCGACAUGAGGCAGCGGCUGCGGGAGGGCGGGCGGCGGGCGCAGCCGCAGCGGCCUCUGUAGCGCGGGUAGGGCCCCCGGGGCGUGGGCGCGGCGUGCGGACGGCCGGCGUGCGGACCGGCCGGCGGCGCGGGAUCGGGCUCUGCGGCAGCCCGCAGCGCCGUCCGCGGAGGGGCCCCGCGCGGUGCCCCGAGCUCGGCCCUGGGCGGGGGAGCGGCGCGCUGGGCUGCGGGCGGCAGGCCCUGCCAGACCGGCGGCUCCGACGGGCGGCCCCCGGGCUCCGGCAGCCGGCGGCGGGGGCGCGGGCCGGGGGAGCCCGCGGGCGCUCGGCGCUCAGGGACGGGACGCUGCAGGAGCCGCAGGUCGACCCGCGCGCUUUGACGCACCGGGCGCCGCUGCGGCAGGAUGAAGCGCUGCUCGCCUCUGGCCGAGUUGUUUUGGCGAGAGCCGCUCCCGGUGCCCCGAGCGCUCAAGGUCUGAACUUCCCUCUGGAGCCGCAGUUGGAGGCGCAGUCCGAGGCCACCGGCGGGCGACGGCGCCCGAGGGGAGCGCAGCGCAGCGUGCCGGGGACCGGAGACUCAGCGCAGCCGCGGCGCCAGAGCCCCGGGAGCACCAGGUACCCCUGACCCGGCCGGGAAAGCUUCCGAGAGCUCAGCAACAUGGCUUCCUCACCCCACCAGCAGCUGCUGCAUCACCAUAGCACCGAGGUGAGCUGCGACUCGAGCGGAGACAGCAACAGCGUCAGGGUCAAGAUCAACCCCAAGCAGCUGUCCUCCAACACCCACCCGAAGCACUGCAAGUACAGCAUCUCCUCCAGCUGCAGCAGCUCGGGAGACUCCGGCGGGCUUCCCCGGCGGGUGGGCGGCGGGGGUCGCCUGCGCAGGCAGAAGAAGCUGCCCCAGCUGUUCGAGAGGGCCUCCAGCCGGUGGUGGGACCCCAAAUUCGACUCCGUGAACCUGGAGGAGGCCUGCCUGGAGCGCUGCUUCCCUCAGACCCAGCGCCGCUUCCGGUACGCGCUCUUCUAUGUGGGCUUCGCCUGCCUUCUCUGGAGCAUCUAUUUCGCUGUCCACAUGAGAUCCAAAGUGAUCGUCAUGGUGGUCCCGGCUCUGGGCUUCCUGGUGGUGUGUGUGGGCUUUUUCCUGUUUACUUUCACCAAGCUGUACGCCCGGCAUUAUGCCUGGACCUCGAUGGCCCUCACCCUGCUGGUGUUCGCCCUGACCCUGGCUGCGCAGUUUCAAGUCUGGACACCGCUGUCAGGACGUGUUGACAGCUCCAAUCGCACUCUCACAGCCAAGGCGGCGGCGGCCACUUGCUUAUCUCAAGUGGGGAGCUUCUCCAUGUGCAUUGAAGUGCUCUUUUUGCUCUACACGGUCAUGCACUUGCCUCUGUACCUGAGCUUGUUCUUGGGGGUGGCCUAUUCUGUCCUUUUUGAGACCUUCGGCUAUCAUUUCCGAAAUGAGGACUGCUUCCCCUCCCCGGGACCCGAGGCCCUCCACUGGGAGCUGCUGAGCAGAGCCCUGCUCCACCUGUGCAUUCACGCCAUCGGGAUCCAUCUGUUUGUCAUGUCUCAGGUGAGGUCCAGGAGCACCUUCCUCAAGGUCGGACAAUCCAUUAUGCACGGCAAAGACCUGGAAGUGGAAAAAGCCCUCAAAGAGAGGAUGAUUCACUCUGUGAUGCCAAGAAUCAUAGCUGAUGACUUAAUGAGACAAGGGGAUGAGGAGAGCGAGAAUUCUGUCAAGAGGCACGCCACCUCCAGUCCCAAGAACAGGAAGAAGAAGUCGUCCAUCCAGAAAGCACCCAUAGCAUUCCGCCCCUUUAAGAUGCAGCAGAUUGAAGAAGUCAGUAUUUUAUUUGCAGACAUCGUGGGCUUCACCAAGAUGAGUGCCAACAAAUCCGCUCACGCCUUGGUAGGUCUCCUCAAUGAUCUGUUUGGACGCUUUGACCGGCUGUGUGAGGAGACCAAGUGUGAGAAGAUCAGCACCCUGGGAGACUGUUAUUACUGUGUGGCCGGGUGUCCAGAGCCCCGGGCAGACCAUGCCUACUGCUGCAUUGAAAUGGGCUUAGGCAUGAUAAAAGCCAUCGAGCAGUUCUGCCAGGAGAAGAAAGAGAUGGUGAACAUGCGUGUUGGGGUUCACACGGGGACCGUCUUGUGUGGUAUCCUGGGCAUGAGGAGGUUUAAGUUCGACGUGUGGUCCAAUGAUGUGAACCUGGCUAAUCUCAUGGAGCAGCUGGGAGUGGCUGGCAAGGUUCACAUAUCCGAGGCUACUGCGAAAUACUUAGACGACAGGUAUGAGAUGGAGGACGGGAGAGUUACUGAGCGCCUGGGCCAGAGUGUGGUCGCUGACCAGUUGAAAGGUUUGAAGACAUACCUGAUAUCGGGUCAGAGAGCCAAGGAGUCUCACUGCAGCUGUGCAGAGGCCCUGCUUUCUGGCUUUGAGGUCAUUGACGGCUCACGGGCGUCCUCAGGCCCUAGGGGACAGGGGACAGCAUCGCCAGGGAGUGUCAGUGACUUGGCGCAGACUGUCAAAACCUUUGAUAACCUUAAGACUUGCCCUUCUUGUGGAAUCACAUUUGCUCCCAAAUCUGAAGCUGGUGCAGAAGGAGGAGCUGUGCAAAAUGGCUGUCAAGACGAGCCUAAGACCAGCACCAAGGUAACAAGCUCAUGGCUGUUGUUCCUGUCAGUACCUCUCCUGGCGCAUCCACCUAAGGCUUCUGGAGGUCCCGGCUCCAAAACUCAGAACGGACUCCUGAGCCCUCCCCCGGAGGAGAAGCUCACCAACAGCCAGACCUCCCUGUGUGAGAUCCUGCAGGAGAAGGGACGGUGGGCAGGCGUGAGCUUGGACCAGUCAGCCCUCCUCCCUCUGAGGUUCAAGAACAUCCGAGAGAAAACUGAUGCCCACUUCGUGGAUGUCAUCAAGGAGGACAGCCUGAUGAAAGAUUAUUUCUUCAAGCCGCCCAUCAAUCAGUUCAGCCUGAACUUCCUGGACGAGGAGCUGGAGCGAUCCUACAGAACCAGCUACCAGGAGGAGGUCAUAAAGAAUUCUCCUGUGAAGACGUUCGCCAGCGCCACCUUCAGCUCCCUCCUGGAUGUGCUCCUGUCCACCACGGUGUUCCUGAUUCUCUCCAUCACCUGCUUCCUAAAGUAUGGGGCGACCGCCACUCCUCCCCCACCGGCUGCCCUGGCUGUCUUUGGUGCGGACCUGCUGCUGGAGGUUUUGUCCCUAGUAGUGUCCAUCAGAAUGGUGUUCUUCCUAGAGGACGUCAUGACGUGCACUAAGCGGCUGCUGGAAUGGAUCGCUGGCUGGCUCCCUCGCCACUGCAUUGGGGCCAUCUUGGUGUCUCUCCCCGCCGUGGCUGUGUAUUCACAUAUCACCUCUGAGUUUGAGACAAACAUACAGUUCACCGUGUUCACUGGCUCUGCUGUGCUGGUGGCUGUCGUGCACUACUGCAACUUCUGCCAGCUCAGCUCCUGGAUGAGGUCCUCCCUGGCCACCAUCGUGGGGGCCGGGCCACUGCUGCUGCUCUACAUCUCCCUGUGCAGGGACAGUUCCAUAGUGAUGUCACCCUUGGAUACAGCACAGAAUUUCAGUGCCGAGAGGAACCCGUGCAACAGCUCACUGCUGCAGGACAGCAGGAGGCCGGCCAGCCUCAUAGGCAAGGAGCUCAUCCUCACCUUCUUCCUCCUGCUGCUCCUGGUCUGGUUCCUGAACCGAGAGUUCGAGGUCAGCUACCGACUGCACUACCACGGGGAUGUGGAAGCAGACCUGCAUCGCACCAAGAUCCAGAGCAUGAGGGACCAGGCUGACUGGCUGCUGCGGAACAUCAUCCCCUACCACGUGGCCGAGCAGCUCAAGGUCUCCCAGACCUACUCUAAGAACCACGACAGCGGAGGGGUGAUCUUCGCCAGCAUCGUCAACUUCAGCGAGUUCUAUGAGGAGAACUAUGAAGGGGGCAAGGAAUGCUACCGGGUCCUCAACGAGCUGAUCGGGGACUUCGACGAGCUGCUGAGCAAGCCGGACUAUAACAGCAUCGAGAAAAUCAAGACCAUCGGGGCCACGUACAUGGCGGCGUCCGGGCUGAACACGGCCCAGUGCCAGGAGGGCGGCCGCCCGCAGGAGCACCUGCGCAUCCUCUUCGAGUUCGCCAGGGAGAUGAUGCGCGUGGUGGACGACUUCAACAACAACAUGCUCUGGUUCAACUUCAAGCUCAGGGUCGGCUUCAACCACGGGCCCCUCACGGCCGGCGUCAUCGGCACCACCAAGCUGCUCUACGACAUCUGGGGGGACACCGUCAACAUCGCCAGCAGGAUGGACACCACGGGGGUGGAGUGCCGCAUCCAGGUGAGCGAGGAGAGCUACCGCGUGCUGAGCUCCAUGGGCUACGACUUUGACUACCGGGGGACUGUGAACGUCAAGGGGAAGGGGCAGAUGAAGACCUACCUUUACCCCAAGUGCAUGGACAGCGGGGCGGUGCCCCAGCACCAGCUGUCCAUCUCCCCAGACAUCCGUGUCCAGGUGGACGGCAGCAUCGGGCGGUCUCCCACCGAUGAGAUUGCCAACUUGGUGCCUUCUGUUCCGUACUCGGACAAGACUUCGCUGGGAUCUGAUGACAGCACACAGGCCAAGGAAGUUCACCUGUCCUCCAAGAGGCCCUGGAGAGAACCUGUCAAAGCUGAGGAAAGGUUUCGAUUUGGCAGAGCCAUGGAGAAGGAUGACUGCGAUGACACAGGCGUGGAAGAGGCCAAUGAGCUCAGCAAGCUCAACGUCUCGAAGAGUGUAUGAGGCAGCACGGAGAGCUGCCGAGGUGCUCUGUUCGUCCAACACAAUAAUAUCCGGAGCGGAAGGCUGGCGCGCUACCCAGCGCCUCAGUUUCUGUCCCUGGACGUGGUGUCAUGUGGUCAUUUCAGCCCUAUUCUCUGUGUGGAUCACAGUAAUUCAGGGUUCAUUUCCACCCAUUUCCUCUUUCCUUUACUCCCUUUCCUGGAAGCCUGCCCCCAGCCUGGGGGGUCCAUUAAGCGGUGUGGAGGAAUACAAGUGCCUUCAGGGUUUGGCCUUGCGUCUAGGGCUGAGGCCACUGGUGGAAUAAUGGCCCUGGCUAUUAUUUGACUUAUUUAAAAAAAAAAAAAAAAAGGAAAAAAAAAAGCUGUGGUUAAAAUACCAUUUUUAUUGCCUUUUCUCACAAUUUUUUUUUCUCAUUCAGUAUUUUCCAGUUUAUUUUUUUUUCUAUAUAUGUAAUAGUGUUUUUCAGUCACCUGGCCUUUCUAAGCACACACACACACACGCACACACACGCACACACACACACUUGCAUUUAUGAAUCUGACAUAAAGUGCCAGUAACUCGUGUGGGGGAGGGGCUAUAAAAGGGAGCAGGGCCGGGAAGCUCAGCAAGCCUAGCCUCUCUCGGGUACCUGGGCCCACAUUCCUGUGGCCCUCAAAUGGACCUCUCCGGCCCCAGCAGUGGGCAGUGUCAGGGGCUCGUCUGCACGCAAGCCAAGAUUUCAUAUGCUCACCAGGCACAAAGCUUACAACCCGGCCUCAGGCACCUCAAAGCCGUGUUUUCAUCCAGACCAUCCACAGAGCCAGGCCUCAGGGACCUCAAAGCCGUGUUUUCAUCCAGCCAAGAGUGCAGAUGUUUGUCUCAGAAGCUGACCCAUCUGAGGGAGACGUUUAACCAUCCGAGGAUGCAUUUAUUUAUUUAUUUAUUUAUCGAGAUGUGUGUGUUAUGGGGAGGGGCCGCUGGGUAGUUUUGGUGGAGGGGAACAGGGAGUGGGCAGGGCAGUUUGAAAAGGACACAGCAGACCAAUGACAAGAUGUCCCUCUGUGUUUUGCGUCUCAUCCACUGAGGCCCACGGUGCCACCAGGGUGCUGCUCCCUCUCGUGGGGAUCCAGAGUAAAACGGGCUCGGCUCCACACAGGAUUCUGCAAACCUUCCAGCCGGUCCUCCCACGGUUGGCCUGCACAGGCUAAUCUGUGGUGGGAUUUACUUCUUCUGGCCAAAAUUCAGACUCUUGAAAGGGGUUUCUUACAGCGCACCGAGGGACAGGACCAUCCGUCUGUUUGGCAGAGGAGGUGCAGACAGCCAGACACAAAGAUGUUUGUGUCCCUGGCUGCUAGCCUUGCUCGUAAUUGUGUUCUUCCAUGUUGAGUCUCCAGCGUAUGCUGAAUGGAACUCAGGCCUCAGUUGCCCUGUCCUCGUCAUUUUUCCAGGUGACGCUGGUGUGCAGCUCAUGAGACAGCUGAGGACCAGCUCUGUGUCUGUGGGAGGCCUUCGCGCCGGGCCCUGUGGCGUAUUCUUUCACUGUAAACCUCACUGUAUAGUUUUCACAUCUGAGUUAAGCCCCGUUGUCACUCCUCCCCAAAGACGGAGAGAACCCGGCUGAUGCUAGCAAGGUGACAUCUUAGCUCUUGUCACCCACUUCCCUGGGGACACCUGGGAUGGCCACCCACGCAGCACAGCCAUGCCAGGACCUAGAGUAUUCUUAGUGACUGGAAGAUUUUCCUUCCCAGCUGGCUCCCUGUUGGUCUUCCAACUCGAAGAACAGAGAGGCUGUGACAAUACCUCUUGCUUCUAAAGAAUGUAUUCUGUACAAUGCCACAGAUUUUUUUUUCUUAAAAGCACUACCUGAUUCUUUCCUUGUACGAGGGAUUUAGGGCAUGUUGGGUUUCCUCCUGUCAGUAUUAGGGUGUGCGCAUCAUCUGAGUGUCAGUCAGUCUGUCCUCAGGCUGCCUCGCUUUGAGGAGCUAGCUGGUGGUCCGUGUUUUUGCAGUCUUGGUUCAAGAUGUGCUCUACCAGGCUGAUCUCUGCACACCUCUUCCCUCUCACGCUCUCUUCCUUUCUCUUCUACAAAGGUAUUUGGGAUUCUUUCCCUGCCCAUUCCCCAACACUAGACCUGCAAACCAGCCAGAGAAAGUCAUUAACCUUGAGCCAGUGGUCCGGUUCCGCAUUGUGCAUGUAGAGCCCUGGAUGGAGGGAAGCUCACGCAGCGUGCAGUGGUCUUAAGAAACCCCCUGAGCCUUCCUGAAGAACCAGUGCAGACAUUCUUUCUUCUUUCAGGGUGCGAGGCCCCUGGAGCCUUUCCAGCUCCCUGCCCCAAAGCAUACCUCAACACAGAGCCGCAGGGUCCUGCAGCUCACCUGCCGUGCAGCUUGGUCUGUUGGCGUUGAACAAACAGCUGUUGCUGGAGACAGUUGGGCUUCUAGGCGGUGGACUCGAGGUCCUCCGGGUGGCAAUACUCCGUAGGAGCCUGGGCAGGAAGCAAUACUACAGAAUUGAAUGUGUGUACAUAGUUGCUUUGCAUUGUGUUUCCCGUUCCUUCUCGGCCCCGGCUCAGCUCAGUUUAUACAUCUGUCUGAUCAAGCACACGUAAUUUUAGCCCACACAAAUGAACGUAGAGCAUCAGUUACGAAACCUUAAACUGCUUGACGAGCCCCCCGAUGUGCCGCACCUGCGCAUGGCUCCCUCCACCCUGACUUCACCCCCGGGAACUGCACCUGCACACUCGCACACGACACGGAGAGCCAAAGGCAGCGUGCAACCAUCGCCCGGGCUGCAGUCACUUGUAGUUUCCAAAGAUAAGUCUGCGUUGGAAUGUCUUGAUUUUCAAGGUAAGCUUUUUUUUUUUUUUUUUUUUGGGAUUGGUUGUUUUGAAAAUCGCAUCAUGCCUAGAACGUGAAAUUAUAUUGGCGAGAACCAAUUGUUUGCAUUUUCAUGUUUCCUUUGCUCUGCUUUUUAAAUUGUUAAUUCUAAGAAUUUCAAAAUGCAUCCACUGAAAAAAAAAAAAGGAGAUUAAAAUAUUCUAAAACUUAA